CAGCAGCAGCAACCAGCCUUCUCUGCAGGGUAGAAAAUCCCUCGGUCUGGAGGCGGGCACACAAGCCAGGCUGCAAUCCUCCCAAGUCGGCACCGGGUGUCGCUGUGGGCUCGUUGUCCCGGCUACCCCCCAAUUCCAAGAACCAUUUUUUUCCCUCCCCCUUCUCUCCCUCUCUCUCCCUCUCUCUCUUUCUCUCUCACUCCCUCUCCCCCCUUGGUUGGGCUUUGCCAACAUAUCAAGAUGCGUUUCGCCGGCUUCCAUCACUAACCUCCCGGAGGUCAUCAAGCCAAAUUUAUGAGUGGCCGCUCGAGUCACGUGACUCUAUUUAAGGCUCCCUUAUUUGGGAAGAGCGCAUAGGAUAAAGAAAGAGAUAUCUCCACCUAUAAAUUGUGCACUUUGGAGAACAAAAAACCCCUCAACUUCAAAGAGUCACAAAUCACCCUUAAUCAAAAAGGGUGCAGAAAUUUUUUUUUGGGCCCUCCCCGCCAUGAGCUCCUACGUAGCCAAUUCAUUCUAUAAGCAGAGCCCCAAUAUCCCUGCCUAUAACAUGCAAACUUGUGGCAACUAUGGAUCGGCCGCAGAGGUGCAGGCAUCCAGGUACUGCUACGGUGGAUUGGACUUAAGCAUCACUUUCCCACCGCCUGCGCCUUCCAACUCUCUCCACGGGGUAGACAUGGCAGCCAGCCCCCGGGCUCACCCCGACCGCCCCGCCUGCAGCGCCGCGGCCGCUCCGGGACACGCUCUGGGCAGAGACGAAGCGGCUCCUCUGAACCCCGGGAUGUACAGUCAGAAGGCGGCUCGCCCAGCGCCGGAGGAGCGAGCUAGGAGCGCUGGGGAGAUCAAAGAGGAGCAGGCGCAGACAGGGCAGCCCGCCGCCCGGAGCCAGCCACCGGCCCCGCCACAGAUUUACCCGUGGAUGACCAAACUGCACAUGAGCCACGAGACGGACGGCAAGCGGUCCCGAACCAGUUACACGCGCUACCAGACUCUGGAACUGGAAAAAGAAUUCCACUUUAACCGCUACCUCACUCGCCGCAGGCGCAUCGAGAUCGCCAACAACUUGUGUCUCAACGAGAGACAGAUCAAGAUCUGGUUCCAGAACCGCAGGAUGAAGUGGAAGAAAGAUUCCAAAAUGAAAAGCAAAGAGGCUCUCUAGAGGCGGGGGGGCCGCACACUGCGCCCCGAGCCCGCUUUCCUCCCCGCGCCUUUCCUCCUCGGGUUUCCUCUGUCUGUGUCUGGGGCACGGCCGGGCGGCUGGGCACCGGCUCGGCCUCGCAGACAAAAGCGCUUCCCCCGGCUCCCGCACCCUCGCCCCUCGCCCAGCCCAGGGCCCGGCGGGGCGGCCCGGGCUCCCUGGGUCCUGGCGGCCCGGCCCGGGCUCAGGGCGAGCUCCGCAGGCCUGCGGUGCCGGGGCUGCCGCGAAGGCCCAGGGCCGGGCGGCCUCUCCGGCUUCCCCCCGGCGCCGCCCGGCCGCGUGAAGGGGGGCCCCGGGCGCCCCAGGCCCCGUGGCCCGACCCCUCGGCCUCCCCUGCCCUUUGUUCCCGGCUUAGGCCGGCGAGAGUGGUUGUGCUUGGCCGAGUCGGCGCCGGACUCGGACUCGGGGUGCUGCGGUGUAGCGACUAAACUCCACGUUCGGUCUUUAAAUGAUUUGCAUAUGAAAGGGGGGAGAUGACUGAAGGCCCGCCUAGGGCCCCCCGGUUGCCCUAGGCUCUCCAAACCUUCUCAGCCACCCCUCAGCCCCGUAACGUCUCCAGCCUGCGCCCUCUGCAUGCCCUCUCAGGCCCCCCCGCCUCAGCUCACCAGCUAGCUCAGCUCUGGGGGUUCCCUGCCACUGGACCCCAGCAAGCAGUCCCAGAGGCUCCUGGCUGCCCACUAGUCCCUGCCACGACUCUGUGCCCUCCUGCCCCAUCGCUGUCGUCCAACUAUUUAUUGACUCCAGGUCUUUCCUGAAACUAUAUUUUGUCAUAUCAAAUAAAGACAAAGAGAGAACAGGACCAAAGACGCAGCGGUCCUCUCUGUUGGGGGCAUGUAUUGGGUAAAAGCGUCUAAAUGGGCUAUGGGACACAGCCUCUCGGCCUCUUUGUAAAAAAAAAAAAGAAUUUUUAGGAACUUCUAGAGGGAUUGAGGGCAGGGAGGUGAAUUUGACCUCCUUUCCAGAUCCCUGGUUCCCAGAAUGGCCUUUGCAGGGGGGGGGGGGCUGGUGUGGGGGGCAUCUAGCUUGU